AUGAUUACAUUAUUUAUUGGUAAUAAUCAUAAUACAACAACAACAAAUAUUUUAAUAUUUAAUUUAGCAAUUGCUGAUUUAUUGCUCACAUGUUUUAAUAUACCAAUAAAUUUGGUACGUUUUGUUAGUACAAAUUGGCCAUUCGGUUCGAUUAUUUGUAUAUUAACACCAUUUAUUCAAUCAUUAUCAGCACAUUGUUCAUCAAUAACAAUGAUGGUUAUUGCAUUCGAACGUUAUCGAAGUUUAAUCAGAACAUCAUGUUUUGGCAUUGGUUUUAAUGUAUGUCGAUUUUGUCCAUAUAAUAAAUGUACAACAAAAAGAAAACAUAGAUCCAUUGAAAACAAUAUUGUACAAAAUCAUUCAUAUCGACAAUCAAAAAAUUCAUGGAUAUGGUCAAUAUUAUUAAUAUGGAUUUGUUCAAUCGUUUUAUCAAUACCACAUUGCCUUUUUAAUAAAGUUGUUGUUUAUCCAUCAUCAUUAUUGGUUGAUUUUGAAAUGAUUCGUUGUGCUACUGUAUUUCCAACCAAACAGAAUCAUUUAAUGUUGGCAAUUUUAUCACCAUUAAGUCAAUAUUUAUUACCAAUUGGUUUGACAGCAUUAUUCUAUGCAAGAAUUGGAUGUUUUCUUUGGCGUCGUACAAAUCCUAUUGGUAGUGUAAGUGCUAAUCGUCGUGCAUCAAUCAUGAAACGUAAACGUAAACGUAUCAAAAUGUUAGUUAUUGUUGUUGCUGUAUUUGCUUUAUGUUGGUUUCCAUUACAUCUUUAUGUUACAUUGAUUGAAUUUAAAAUAAUUCAACAUCAUUUUGGUAAGAAUAUUCAUUGUUACACAUUGGAUAGCAAUGAGUUCGGUUUGUUAUAA